UUCCACUUGUCAUUUAUGGAAAACGAAGUCAAUCGUCGAGAGCAAAAUAGUAGCUCCUUAAACGACAGUGAAUUUCCAACUGCUACGGAUCCACUCCUUAAACAACCAAAUAACUCAUCUGAUCAAAACGCUACAGACGGAACUUUGGCACAUUCUGGUCCAAUACAGAUGAACGGUGGUCAUGCAAUUCAAUCUGAUCGUCUUAAUAUUGUUUACAUGAUUUUUUUACUUCAUGGAGUUGGUGUCCUUCUGCCAUGGAAUACAUUUUUGACAAUCGGAUAUGAUUAUUUUGUAAGCUACAAAUUAAAUGGAACUGAUCAAAACACAGAAUAUCGUCUAAAUUUCUUCAGUUAUCUAACGGCCGCUGCUCAAAUUCCAAAUUUAACUCUUAGUUUAUUAAAUUUAUUUGUGGUUAUCAAAGGAGGCUUGCACAGGCGCAUUUAUUUAUCUCUUUUAGUGAUUGCAUCAAUUUGCAUCCUGACAAUAUCUUUUGUUUUUGUUGACUCUUAUGGAUGGCCAUUUUAUUUUUUUAUUUUUACAAUUGCUUCUGUUGUGAUUCUCAACAGCGCAAAUGGAAUUUAUCAAAACAGUAUUUGGGGUUUAGUAGCUGAUUUUCCUGGCCAGUAUACUAAUGCUGUUAUUCUUGGAAAUAACAUAUGCGGCAUUUUGAUGGCUUUCAUUUACAUUAUUAUUCUUCUUUCUCGAAUUGGAAUUCGUUUAAGUGCUUCAAUUUACUUUGGUCUUGCAUUAUUGACUGUCAUUGCCUGUGGUUUCUCCUUUCGCCUUCUUACAAAAAAUAAAUUCUACAAAUUUCACGUAAGAAAAGCUGUAAAAUCUAGAGCAACUUCCUGCACAGAUGUUUUACACGAAGGAGAAGAUAUUUGUGGAAAUAACUCUGAAAGAAAGCCAUCCACUCCUAAUCCUUCUUUAGCGACUUACUAUGCCAUUUUCAAAGAGGUUUUUUUAAUUUAUUAA